AUGGUGAAAACAACAACGGAGACGUGCUGCGACGAUGAUGACGAGACGAUUGAGUUCUUCUCUGAAUUCUACUCUUACUGCGCGGAGCGAUUGAAAAUGAAAACGACGACGACGACGGAAGAAGAAGAAGAAGAAGAAGAAACGAUUUCAUCAUCAGUUUUGGAGGACGUGACCAGAUUGGUGAUUUUCUUUGACGACGACGAAGAAGAAGACAAAGAGAAGCGAAAAGAGUACUUGAGUUUAGAGAAGAAACGCGUGGAGAGAUACAGAGAUUUACGAAGAAGAAGUGAAAGAAGAAGGAAAGAUGGAGAGAAAAGAACGACGAAUGUAUUCGCGGGCGUGGAAGAGCUGCUGGCGGUUAUCGCAGAAAAAACGACGACGCACGAGAAGAAGAAGAAGUUAAAGAAGAAGAAAGAAGUCUCUGAUGAAGAUAUUUCUAAUAAGAAGGAUACCAAAAAUGAUACGCUGCGCAAAGCGUGGGAACAGAUCGUGCCGAAGGAGCACUUCGUGAACGCGAUGCUAAACGCAGAUGUGAGCGAUUCGCGAAUAAAAAACGCGAAUAAAGCGAUGGCGGAAAUGUUCAAGGAGUGCGUAGAGAUGGAAUGUAGCUCGACGACGUCCGACGCGCCGGCGACGUCGUUCUUCGAGACGGGUGAAUUUUUACGGGAUAGUGAAGAAGUUACGAACGAAACGAACGCCCAGAAGUACUAUUGCGAUCUAGAGCGCGCUUCGGAGGAAAUGCGGACGCUUUUAAACGCGUGCGAACGCGCCGAUUUAAUCUUGAAGAAACGCUUGUACGAGCGUCUAGUUUUAGAAGAGCAUCAAAAAGAAAAAGAACGAGAGAUUGGAGCGGUGGAAAUGUUUGCCAGGGGAUGUUGUCUGUUACCGCAUCGGAAGGGAGUGCGCGAUAGAGAAAUGCAUAACAGUGAUAAGAACGCAAGUAGAAGCAUUGUUCUCGCGUCGACGUGUUUACAAAUUUUGUCUAGAAGAGGAUACGCGGAUAAGUGCGCGAAUGCGAUUGCUUUUGUUCAUUUUAGAGAAGAAGAACGGGAAGAACAAGAUGGAAAAAAGUUCGUUGAUCAAAAGGAUGAGAGUCUAGCGCGCGUAUUAGACUCGAUAUCAGAUACGCGGGCGUGUUGCAAAGUAAUCGAAAGCGUUGUUGUUGACGUUUUCGGGAGGAAAAAAUACACAAGCGCCAGUCGCGACUGCGAACGCGUGCUUCGUCAAAUGUUAAAGCUGAGAUUUUGGAAGUGCGAAACGACCAGAUACUUCAUGGGGGAGGAGUUGCUACUUCGAAAAGGGUGUCCAAGGAAUGUACUCCCGUCGCUGCUUCGUCUGUUGAUUGUUAAUCCUUUACCCACAGAUUAUCUCGCUGAUGAAAAAAACGGAGACGAAGCCGGAGCAAUCGCAUCGGAAAAUGUGAGCGUUGAAGACUUCAAACACGCGAUUAUAGUGAGCGCGUGCGAGAUAUGGGCGUCGAAAGAGUUUGUCGUCGGGAGUUCAGCGAAAGCGAAGGGCCACGUGGCGGCUAUUAUAAACGCGACAUUAAUCCUAUCGCAAUCUUCCGGCGCUUCGUGGGAAAAGUUCGUCAACGGCAUCGAAAGUGGAAAAUUCAACGAUGGCACGACGAUGACGUCUUACAUUGUCGACGGCAUAUCGUCUCGAUUAGAAUCGUCCUCAGCACAAAAUCGCGCGCACGCGUCGCGAAUCGCCAAACAAUUUUCGUUGGCCAUGAACACAGAAAAUCCAACGAUGUUGGAUUUAAACGCACCGGUAGAUGGCGAUACCGACCUUCUCGAUCCAGAUGAAGGCGAGGACGACGACGACGACGACGAUGGAUAUCGAAGCGCGAACGAAGCCGAGUGGGAAUCAAACGUGAAAGUGACACUUGGUGAAUACGACGCGUCGAAAGUGUUACCAUCUUCUUUUUACGAGGCGGAAACUGUCGAAGGGGAAAGCAAAAGAGAGAAAGGACCAAGCAUCGAUAUCGAAGAAGUAGACGAGCAAGAUGAAGAGGACGACUCUGAAGAGGACGAUGAAGAGUUUCGAGCGUACGAUAUCGACUCAGAUGAUGACGACGAGCUCACGCAGAAGAAUUCGAACGCGAAGAAUUUGAAGCGGCAUUUAAAACAGCUUCCAAAACCGCGAACUUUGCGCGAAGCUUUGAACGCUUUGCGGCGCGUCAAACCUUCCCAACACAUUGCCGAUGCAGAUUUAGCAGACGCACAGGAAGGUGCCGUGUAUGCAUUAGCAGAAAUGUUUGAAACCGUCCCAGAUGAACUCUUUUCCGUAGCUGGUCAGUUUUCAAUUGCGCUAUUACACGCGAAUCCACCGACGCCUUCGGUGAAAGCGCUCGAAAUAUCGCGCAUGAACGGUUUAACGAGAUUGUUUGAAAACGCUCCGGAAGAGUCUAUUCCAACAGCCAUUGGUCAUGCGUUCGAUGGAACGAGUUGCGAUUCGAGUCAUAAACUGGAGGUUUUGAGUUGCAUCGCGCAAGCCGCGAAGACGUUAUCGGCAUUGCCUCCUCCAUCAUCGAGCGCUUCUCUCGAGCCAGGAGAAAGCGAAAAAUCAGCGAUUGCUGCAACGAGCGGUAAAACGCGCGUGUUCGCUCCGAAAGCUUUGGAAAACCAAAACAGAGGUAUCGGGCGAAUCGGUCAUAGAACUCGUUCGGCGCUCAUAGGUCCGACAAUCGUCGCCCCGUUAUUGGUUUCGUUAUCAUCCCAGCUAGAAAAAAUGGCCGAUUUAUCUUCCUCCAUAGGUAGCGAAGCUAUAGUUUUAUCCGCAAUGUUGGAUUGCAUCGGCGAAUGUUGCUGCCGGACACAAAACGCCGUCAACUCCUUUAAUACUUCGUUGGCAACGCUCGCGACGCUCACCAAACACGACUCGUUUUUGUUGAAGCACUGCAAUCCGAGCGUCCGGUCGAGCGCGUUGGUAGCGUGCGCGAGAGCGUUAAUGGUUGUGCCAGAUAUCAUGGCUAAGGAAGAAUUGAUGCUCUUGUUACAAGAAUGUCACAAUCAGGAGGACGACGAUAGUGACAGAGCAGAACGUCACGAAACGAAAACGUCCAAACUCUUUGCCGCGAUUGAGAAAAUCACCUCCAUCGCUAGAAUCGAAAACGCUCGCGGCGUCGACGAGCAGUGUCGCUCCGCCGGCGUUUUCGCUCUAGCCGCCACACGAGACGUCGUCAAACGCGCCACGGAGAAUACUUUACUCGAUAAUCAAAACGACGACCCGGAAAAGCAGCAGCACAACCUCUCUGUUCAAGACUUUGUUUUACCGAAAACCGAGAGCAAGCGCUUUCAACAAAGCGCGAGUCAAGUGGUCGCAAAAGCCAUGGAAAAGUUACGAGUGAACGCUCCCGUUGGCGAAAUGAAAAAGAAAGAGAGCGUUCGUUUCGCGUAG